AUGUCCAACACUAAGGAAAACACCAAGUUCACGUGGGCCGGCGAGAACGAGCGCAAGCUCAUGAUGCUCACCCUCGGUCGCCAGCUCGGCGCUGAAGACUACGAGAAAAUCGCAGCUUGCUUCCCAGAGGUCACUCUCGUCGCUGUCAAGAUCCGCACCUCCCGCCUCCGCGUCGAGCGCACUAAGCUCUUCGAGCAGCUCGGCCUCGGCGAGCCCGACUCCGGCGCUGCUGGCAAGGGCCGGAAGGUUGGCACUAAGGUGGUCAAGGGUAAAGCCACUGCUCCCGUCGACUCUACCGAGCCCGGCAACGACAACGGCGAUGCCAGCGACAGCUUCGCUGCCCGCGUUGCUGAGAAGCCCAAGAAGAAGGCUGCCACCCCGCGCAAGCGCAAGGCCAGCACCCAGGACGACGUCCCCGAGCUCGACAACAUCAAUGUCACUCCGAAGAAGGGCAAGACUGCACAUGUGAAGCAGGAGCCAGAGGACGACGAGGUCAACGACAUCGCUGCGAUCCCCGAGAAGUCUCCCACCCCCGAGGCCAGCUCUUCGAAGAAGGUCGCUGCUCCCAAGAAGGCUGCUACUCCCAAGAAGGUUGCUACUCCCAAGAAGGCUGCCACUCCCAAGAAGGCUGCCACUCCCAAGAAGGCCACCACUCCCAAGAAGGCUGCCACUCCCAAUAAGACCAUCGAGAAGGAGAAGAUCCACUACAUCAAGCAGGAGCCCGAGUCGGACGAUGAGGAUACCCUCGACAACAUCACCGUCAUCCCGAGACCGAGGGUCGACAGCGUGUUCUCCGAUGAGCUCGAUAUCUAGGUGGACGACAACGCGAAGGGUGUCUUGAGGCUGUCGGCGGUGCGGCAGCGACUGUGACGAAUCAUUAGCGAUUGGGCUUCUUGAUCUUGAUGAUUGGCGAUGCAUUGGGUUUAGAACCUUGGGUCUUGAGUUCACGGUUUGGUAUUUGCAUAUCGGAAUGACUUGUCUAGCAUAUUUGCUCUUUCAAAAGCUGGCGCUGGGCGCUGCGAGAUGCUAUUAUAGCUGGCAGAUAGCUGCACGAUGGAGUCUGAAUGACAG